AUGGCGUUCGAAGCGCCUCCCUUGUUCUCGUCGAAGUUCCUGAAAGCGAGGAAGACGAAAAACGCCGCAGCUGGAUCGGAAGGCGGGGACGGCGCGGCUCAGAAUGCUCCGAAGCGCGCGAGCGUGGCUGUAACGGGGACGGCCGACGAGGCCACGGAUAAGGGAGCGAAGUCGUUACGAGAGCGGUUACCAGCAGCAAGCCCCACCAGUGCUGUUGCGAAGGGUCAUGGUGCAAAGAAGCGUAAAGCAUUAGGGGGUGUCGGGUUUAAGGGGAUGAGAAGAGGAAACGAGGAGGGAGAUUUUGCGGAAGGCGGAGUUUUACGGGGAGGCGAGGAGUCGCAGAGGGGUGUUUGCGGUGCUGACGUGGACAAGAGUGGCCGCACACAUGGCGACGUCAGGGGUGGUGAGGAGGCAAGUGACGUCAGCAGAGAUGGCGCGCAGGCGAGGGAGCCGAUGGGGGAGAGGGGACGCGGGGGACGGCGGAAGCGGGUGGGCGGGAGGGAGGGGAGGAAGGCGUUUGUUGAUGGAGAGGCGGAUGGGGAGAGGGAGGAGGGGGAGGAGGGAGGAGGAGAGGAAGAGGGGGAGGUGGAAGAAGAGGAGAUGGAUGAUGGUAGUGAAGGGGACGAGGAGGAGGAGGAAGAGGGGAGGGAGGAGGAUAAAGCAGAGGACGGAGGAACAGAGGAGGACGACGCAGCAGCAACUGCGCUCCUCGCCAAGGCUGACGUGUCCCUCUCUGCCACUGCCACGUGUGACUCCUUUGCUGACCUGGCACUGGCGCCAUGGCUGGUUGCCACGUGUCACGAGAUGGGUCUGCGCCAUCCCACCCCAGUGCAGUGUGCGUGCAUCCCCCCCGUCGUUGCGGGGAGCAACGUGAUUGGUGUGGCUCAGACCGGCAGUGGGAAAACGGCUGCUUUCGCCCUGCCCAUUCUGCAGGUGGGUUCUUCAGUCUAA